AUGUCAUCCUCAGUUGAGCAGAAGCUUCCCACGGAGCUACUAGAACAAGUACUAUCUUUCGCUCCUCGCGAUUCUCUUCCGAGUUUAUGCCUAACCUCAAGAGACUUCAACCGCAUCGCCACGCCAUUUCUGUACACAGGGAUAGAUCUGAAGGAGACGCACCAUCUUCCUGCCCUUGCGUACUUGAUGAUGACCUCCCCAGCCCACGCCGCUCUUGUCGAAUCAUUCAUCGUACCUGAUUCAUGGGCAAGGACCAAAGGGAAGUCUCGUGACUGGUCAUGGCCUGGACUCAAAGACACAGAGGUGCAGAGCGUCUUGAAAGCCAAGAGUGCAGCAUUUACGUCUAGCGAAGAAGAGGCCAACGAACUCUAUGGUAAGAUUUCAUCUGGCGAGAAUGAGGAUGCUAUCAUGGCAGUGCUACUCGCUUGUCUUCCCAAAUUACGACGACUGGAUUUCAGAGUUAGCACUGGCAAAGCUCCAGCAGACUCAAAGACGGUAUCUCCAGUAUCGCGCAAUGAUCACGUUGAUUUCCGUUUACUGUGGCCUAAAAUCAUGAAUAAGCUACGAUCACGCUGCGGCUUCACAAAGGAAGCGAACAGAAGCGUUACGAGUAACCCAUCGCAGGUAGUACAGCUGCCUGCAGUUUCACACCAUAUCGACAUCAUGGUCAGAUUCACAGGGCCGGUACGCAGGUACUCCAACUACACCUUACAUCUGGCAAACUUCUUCCAUCUUCCCAAUGUCCGCUCUAUAUACGGAUGGAGGCUUGGGGAUAUGGGUGAUCCUCCGGAUCUGGAAGAUGCGAAGAAUCCGUUCGCAACGCUGCCACCUCAAUCAUGCCCGGUGGAAUACAUCGAACUGCGUCGCUCCCAACUACACAAAGACCAUUUCCAGCUUAUGAUGGAUGCAACAAUACCCGGGAAAUUGAAGACGUUUAGCUACGAGAUUGGCGAUCGAUCAUGGUCUUGGUGUGGUACGGAUCACUAUUCAAUUAUGAAGAGCCUGCAGCCACAUUAUGAGUCGCUUGAAGGGCUGAGUCUAAGCUAUGACGAGGCCUAUCUUUCUCAUGAUAAAAGAAUUCGCGAUAAUGCUCCACCAUGCUCAUUCAGGUCCUUCGUCGCGCUGAAGCGACUCAGAGUCGCUCCUCUAUAUAUAUGGCACCACAGAACACUGUUUCGCCAACACACUUGGCAACGUUCUUCUCAGGAGCGACUUUGCUCUGUGCUACCUGAAAACCUAGAAGAGCUCUGGAUCACGAGGACUCAUGACCAUAUCACUCGGGUCGGCGCGCGUAACGGAGAGUUUUCAUUUGUCUCGGAUUGCUUACUCCCUGCGCUUCAUCAUGUCGUGCAGAACAAGUGGAGUGCUCUCCCCAAGUUGCGUCUCUUGCGUAUCGAAUUCCCUCUGCUGGAAUGGAAGGACGAAUGGUUCGACGAAAUAGCAUCGAUCUGCGAGCUAGCCGCUGUUAAAGGAAUAAGAACUACCAUCAUUUUGUGCGACAUGUUCUAUGAAGGCAGUCCUUUUACCAUCGAGCGACCUUGGGGCUGGAACGAAGAUAUUGAAUGGGAGCCAGAUAUGAAAUGGCAGCCAGAGCCAACCAAGACUAGCAGUAACCGAGAAUGCGCAAAAGUAUGGAUCGAUGCAACAGGGCAGGAACAUCUCGCUGCAAUACUCAAAGACAUGAAGGUCAGGUUUGAGGAAGAGGACGAGAUGUUUCGGAAGGCGAGCGGUGUGGUAUACGAACUAUGGGGGCCAAGCGUGGACUAUGACUAUGAUGCUAGUAGAGAUCUCGGCUUCCCUGAACGGUUCGUUGAUGAGCGGUUGCAGAAAGAGCCGUACUGGAAGGGACGUGGCAAGGAAACUAUACCGUAUCCUAAGUCAGUGGCCAGCUGA